AUGCAAUCGAGAUAUACAAGUUUCAAUGUGAACAUCCAGUCAUUGCGUGGAACUCCAAGUCGUAUUUGUAGUGCAAGAAAGACGCAAAAAUCAACUUCGAGCGACUGGAACGACGGAAAAGAUCGCAAGAAACUUAAUAGAGACGAAGACUCUAAUCUACAUAGUUUCGAGGGCUGUUGUGCAACACCUUUGACACUACAGAAUGUUGUGUGUAAAUAG